UAAAAACACGGAAUCCCCCAGCUCUUGCGAUUUUCUCAAAGUAAAGAGGCUGGAGUAAUCGCAAAUUAUCUUAUAAGAAUUAAAUGUUUAGAAAUUUUAAUGGACGGAAAUGAGGAGGAACCAUCUUUUAAGAAGACCAAAAUCCAAAAUGUUUCCAAAGAUGACGAAGAUGGAUUGUACACUCGAACAAAACGAGUAGUAAAAGUGAAGCAAUUUUUUCCCUGUCCGGUUUGUGGUGAGGAGUUGACUAGUGAAGAACUGUCUCCUCAUUUAAAUAAUGAAGUAUGCUGGCUUCAGGAUUACACCAAGAAAUUAUUCAAACGCCAUACUUAUUCAUCAUCUCGACGUACUGUUUCUGAAAGUGAUGAUAGAAUAACCCCUUCUACCUCAACUAGUACCGAAGAAAUGACUCAUAAAGAUAUGCGAGAAGCUCUCUUGCAGGUUCGACAAAAUCGACGACAAAGAGUUCGAGGGGCUGCUAGGUGUCCUGUAUGCUUUAAAGCCAUUCCAGGAGAAGAGCGAGACGUUCAGGAACAUGUUGAUUCUUGUCUUGAGCGAAGUACAAGAAGAAACGAAGAAGAAAACGGACAGAUCGUCGUAGAUGAAAGCACUGACGACGAUGAAGAAUUUGAUUCGUAUACGUGGUGUGGACAAACAAGAGUAAGAGCAACAUCAGGAAUGCAUAGCCAUGCAUUUGGUUCCCUAGCAACAAGAGGCAAGAAAGCAACCGAAGAUGAAGAUGCUGUUGUAAAUGUAGAAGAGGUAGAAGAGAAUCAAUACGGGGACACGCAAUACGAUGAGAAAGAUGUUAUUUUACCUAGUCGUUCUAAUAAUGCUGAAGUUCGAGAAGCCUUAGCUAUUCGUUCAGCUUUAGUAGGUCAAAGUCAAGUUGACAUUCCUGAAAGUCGAAAGCGUUGGGAAGAUGUAGGAAUUGAAACUACAGAAAUAGCAGAUGAACAAAAUGGAAAAGAGAAUAAAAUAAGAGAUUGUUGUAAAAUGAUUCAAGAUAAAUUUGAUAUAACAACAAAAAAUUUAGAAAAUUUACAGGGAAACAUCCAGAAAUGCUUAAUAUGCAUGGAACCGUAUCAAAUACCAGUAGUAUCUAUCACAUGUUGGCAUGUUUUCUGUGAGGAAUGCUGGCUUCGUUCCUUAGGAUCCAAGAAAGUUUGCCCUAAAUGCAACGAAAUAACCUCUCCAUCUAAUUUAAGGAAAAUUUAUUUAUGA